AUGGAGGCCAUCUGGCUCUACCAAUUCCGCCUGAUCGUCAUCGGCGACUCCACCGUGGGCAAGUCUUGCCUCAUCCGUCGCUUCACCGAAGGACGCUUCGCUCAGAUCUCUGACCCCACGGUGGGGGUGGAUUUCUUCUCCAGGCUGGUGGAGAUCGAACCGGGCAAAAGGAUCAAGCUGCAGAUCUGGGACACGGCCGGGCAGGAGAGGUUCAGGUCCAUCACCAGAGCCUACUACAGGAACUCGGUUGGUGGACUCCUCCUCUUUGACAUUACAAACCGAAGGUCCUUCCAGAAUGUCCACGAGUGGCUAGAGGAGACCAAGGUGCCCCCCCAGCCAUACCAGAUUGUCUUUGUUUUGGUAGGUCACAAGUGCGACCUUGACACACAGCGGCAAGUCACCAGGCACGAAGCUGAGAAACUGGCUGCAGCUUAUGGUAUGAGGUACAUUGAGACCUCAGCUCGGGAUGCCAUUAAUGUGGAGAAGGCCUUCACUGAUCUGACUCGAGAUAUAUACGAGCUUGUUAAAAGGGGGGACAUUUCAAUCCAGGAGGGAUGGGAAGGGGUAAAGAGUGGGUUUGUCCCAAACGUAGUGCACUCUUCAGAAGAAGUGGUGAAAUCAGAUAGGCGGUGCUUGUGCUGAGCUCCUCUAGGGAGGCAAGCGGUGAUGAACUCUACUAACCAAACGUACUUUACUAAGUGAACUCAGUGUGACAGAAGGGAGAGCAACACUCCCGUUGUGACCAGCCUCCCACAUUGUUUUGGACACCAGAACAGACCCCAGAAAGAAAUGUUCUGUUCCAAUUAACCUUUCAGAACUGGGGGCUACAAACCUAAUGGUGAGUGAGGGAGGGUGCAUGGUCUUGUAAGGAGACAGGAAGCAGAAAUGAGGGGCUGCACAAGACAGGUGAGAGUAUACAGAGAGCUGGAUGGGCUGGCACAUGCCAGGGUAC